AAAGAUACCCAAGCACUGCUUAGCUGGCUUGACAGAAAAAUCCAGCCAGGUUGGGGAGGAGCCAGUGUGGGCCCCACCCCAACCAUUGUGGGACGAUAAUGAACGAGAGCCCAGAUUCUGGCCAAUCAGAACGAAGUAUGUAAAUGAGCAUCCUGGGAGGCUGCGGGGGCGGGAUUCCAGGGCACUGUGCGGUAGUUCUUAAUAGGGUACUGACCCAGCGAACCCUAAGAAGCACAGAGGAGACUCUGAGGAGUCUGCAUCUGUGCUGUAGAACCCGAGAAAGGAAGCAAAAGACAAAUUUACCCACAUCAUGGCAAGGUACCAGCACCACCACCACCAGCACCACCACCACCACCACCACCACCACCACUCAGGAUAUCUGGCUGAUGACGAGGGUGGUCACAGCGCCUACAUGGCUCCGAUGCAGCUGCCCAAGAAGCACCUGUUGUCUGAAAGGGGGCCAACCUACAAGUCUGGACAUGUGCCACACCUACCAUCAAUGAACCGAUACUCAGAGCACCAGAGCCAGCAGCAAAACCCUAAGCGCCCUCAGGCAUUUGGCAGCUUUCUGGAUUUCCUGACAGAGGGUCAGGUACUGGACAGCUUGCAGACAGUGGUGGAGAAGGCAACAGAGCAUUUAGCUGCCUCGAAGACCGAGAGGGGAAUGCCACUGGUAGAUGUACAAGACCCGCUGGAGGAGCCAAGUGGCAGGCAGCGGGCUCGAGCCAGACGCAACGUCAGCCGUGUGCAUCGGCACCGACCUCGGCCCACACUGUGUGCUGGGCCCCCUAACAAUUACCCAUCUUGCUCCAGCUCCAUGUCUGACUCCCACAGCCAGGACAGCGCCCCUGGUGGCCGAGGCAUAGGCUCACUGCCACCUAUGAGGGACAAACUUCUGCUUGAGAAAAACCUCAAGAGGCUACUGCGACUGGAGAACAAAGGGAAAGGCCUGAAUCAGUCCUGCUCCCGGAGGGAUUCUCUGCUGUGGGACUCACUGGGCAGCCAGACCAGCAGUCAGUGGACCCGGGAGCAGCCCCUGUCUUGGUUCUCUGGGCUUUUGGGCUCCAGCUCAGUCACCCCUGAAGCAUCGGAGUUGGGACUUGGAGAACAGGAGAUGAUUUUCCUCAAAGAAGAGUUGAACAAGGAGAUAAAGUCACUGCUGAACCAGCCGGCAUCGUUCAACCUGCCCGCGUAUUGUUCGCUCAGGGAUCCCCAUCGUACCCUGGACUUCCUGGCUGAGCGUCACCUCUUUCCUGCCCUGCAGCGUGUAGUCUGCCAGGCUGUAGACAAGCUCAGCCAUGCCUGCCGCCAUGAUGGCUUUCCCCUCUUCCCUGUUGCCUCAGAGCCCACCCCAGUGCUGCCUGGGGACUCUGAUCUUCUGCAGAAGGCAUCAAUACCCACAAGCAGGGAUGGGGAGGAGCCUUAUGAUUCUCCCACCAAAGCCUCCAGCCCUAAGACAUCUCCCAGGAAAAGCAAGGACAGACGGGAUUCCCCCUCCAUGUCUAAUGCCCAGAUGGCUACCAGAUUCAGGCUCAAGAGUCCCAGCACCAAGUUUCCGAAGAAGAAGCCUCUGCCAUCCAUCUCAACUGUGUCUAGCUUGUCCCACAUCUCUAACCCCUGGCUUGAGGAACUCACUAACUUUUUGAUUGAGCAGGCAGUCUCUUUGCUUAUUUGCAAGUACAAGUUUGAGGAAAGCCUCAAUAAGCAACUUGGCUUCAUCUCCUUUCCUAUCACUGAGGUUCUCAUGGACAUCUUUCUGGGCUUCAAGAAGGUGAAGGGCACCCACAUCCGUCUGUCCUCAGACGUCAACUGGACCUGCCUUCUGCGAAAGUUGGAAGAAGCUGAGUUGGCACGGCAGGCCAUACGCCAUGCCUCCAGGCCAGGAGUCUCCCAACCUAGUGCCUCCCGUGUUGGCACCUCUCUGCAUAGCAGAGAAUCCCACUCUGUGCAACCAGAGCGUACUGGUAACACCAAUCAGGACCAGAGUACAGAGUCCCGCUUCUCCCUCCGACCUGAGUUGCCAAUCCGCCAGUUGCUCAGCCCUCGGGGUCCUGGUAUGGGCCAGGAACAGAUGCCCAGGAGAUCUUCAGAGCACAAGCUGUCUGCACUCUCCGAUGCUGGUAUGGGCUCCAUAUCCUUCAAGUCCAAGGAAAUAGUAAAUAUCGAAGAGGGUGAGGGCAGUGAGGAGGAGGAGGAGGACGAGGAGGACGAGGAGGAGGAGGAUGAGUAUGAGUACGAGUACGAGGAGGAGGAAGAGGAGGAGGAUGAGGAGGAGGGCCAGAAGGAGGAGGAAGAGGAGGAGGACAGAGGAAGUGGGAAAGAUGAAAUCAAGGAUCUCUCUGAGGAUGAGCUCGCCCCCAGUAGCCUGCCUGAGCCUGAAUUGGAGGACUUAAUCAAUGAGUUCACUUUAAUGAGCCCCCAUCGCUCCCCAUGAGACCCCUGUAAGCCACACAGAGUAUUCUAGUCCUUGCCUCCUCCUGCCCUAUCCCAGUAGCUGGCCCCCAAGGCAGGCCCUGUCCUGAGUAAGGUUCAGACAACCGAGUGCUCGACAAGAAUUCUGCUAAUGUUAUCAAAGGAGCCAGAGACAAAUAGGAAUAAAUUACAUGUUGAUGGACA